AUGCGAGCCAGCUUCGUAGUACGAGGCGUAGCCGGGCUGUGAGAGAGGUAUUUGAUCAAGCUGAUUUAUAGCAAAAUCACUCUUUCUCACGUCUCUCCCCACGAUGGGAGCAUUUGCCGCAACCUGGCUAUCAUGAGGAUGUCACGGACCCGACACUGUACGGCAACGAGGACGAAACGGCUUUCGGCACGACUGAUCUUACGAAUGCCUUGAGUAAGAUCGAAAGCAGUCUGGAGUCUCUCUACAGUACGUGCAAGUCGCCAGGACCUCUCUUUGUCCGACUCCACAAAUUCGAGCUGUCCAACAACAUCGACGAGCCUUUCCGUGCUUCGAUGCGCGUUAUCUGUCUGGCAGUUUUUGAUCAGUCUUCGAGUCUGUCACAUGCAUGGGGUACGGGCAUCAAUACCGAGUACACCACUUGUGACGAUGUUCAGCUACCUAUCAGCUUGAGCCUGCUCGGGGCGCUGCGCCGCAUUCUUGAGAACACAUCCGAGGAAGCUCAAUCACGUCCAUCGCUGCCUCCAUUCAAAAGGGUGAUACGGGUGGACGCUGUGUGUCUCAAUCAAAAAGAAGAUGAAGACAGAGCUCAGCAAGUUCAAACAAUUGGAUUGGUGUUCGGCCUGAGUCGAUCUCUGAUCAUCUGGCUAGGAGAAGCCGCGAACAAGCAAUCAGUAUUUUCCAGCCAAGCUCUUCGAGGCGUCAUAUAUGGAUCUGAAGCGGCGAAUGUCCUACGUGAUCUUUUACGAAGUCCUUGGUUCCAGCAUCGCCGGGUAAUUCCAGAGCUGCUCAAUCCGGUGCCGGGCUCGCGCUUCAUGCUCCAUGGCAACUUUUGCUUCUACUUGGACCAGCUUUUCGUAUGGAUCGACCGUCUGAAUCAAUCUGGAAGCAUCAUCAAAUCGGUAGACUUGCGCACCGCCUCGGUUCUUGAUCCGAUAUUGAAGAACACUGUAUUCUCGGACUAG